AUGGCGUCGACGUUGGCGGCGGUCCAAGCAGACUCGGUCCAAGCAGACUCGGUCGAAGCAUACUGCGUCAAUCAUGAACACUUGCGAUGGCAGGUGCAGGACGAAGACAUUGUCCUGGAAACCAUAAAAAGCCAAUGCAAAGAAGGGGGGAUUGCUGGUUUCUUUGCAGCCAAAGACGCCUACAAACGACAUUGCUUCAAGCUCGACUCGUCCAUGGAACCCUCCGAAUUUUACAUCCAGUGGAGGGGCAACGGCAACCAGACUCUUGAUGAUGACAUAUGCGCAGAACAACUCGAAAAGCUGGUUAGGAACUGUGCUACUGGCGGUCAGGAAGUCCUGUUUGAGUGGUUGUAUCUCGCCGUUUCCGGUUCCAAGAGUUGCGAAUAG